AUGGUCCGAGAAGGUAUCAUCCUUGGGCAUAAGGUUUCGAAGAGAGGGCUGGAGGUGGAUCGUGCUAAUGUGGAGGUCAUUGAGAAGCAGCCACCCCCUGUAUCAGUCAAGGGUGUGCGUAGUUUCCUCGGGCAUGCAGGAUUCUACAGACGCUUCAUAGAGGAUUUUUCAAAGAUCUCAAGUCCGAUAUGCAGGUUACUGGAAAAGGAGGUGAAAUUCCUAUUCGAUGAUGCUUGUAUUAAGGCUUUUGAAGGUCUGAAGAAGAGGUUGGUAACCGCACAAAUAAUCAUUGCACCUGACUGGAACUUGCCAUUUGAGUGGAUGUGUGAUCCAAGUGACAAUGCUGUGGGGGUUGUGUUGGGACAGCGACGAGAGAAAGUUUUUCAUUCUAUCUACUAUUCUAGCAAGAUGUUAGACGCUACCCAAAUUAAUUACACUGUGACAGAGAAGGAGCUGCUAGCUGUGGUUUAUGCGUUUGAUAAGUUUCGGUCCUAUCUCGUUGGGACACAUGUUAUUGUCUAUACAGACCACGCAGCCAUUCGCUACUUGUUCAGCAAGAAGGAUGCUAAACCCAGAUUGGACAACCAUAAUCAUUUUGUGGAGUAUGUCCAAAUUCGAGAGUCGUUCCCUGAUGAGCAGCUAUUUACUAUUCCCGCGGCCGAAGUCCCAUGGUAUGCUGAUAUUGUGAACCUGAUAGUAAGUGGGGUGUACCUCCCAAAAGCUACCUCACAGCAGAGAAAGAAGCUGUAUCAUGACUCCCGGUUCUACAUAUGGGAUGAGCCGUAUUUGUUCAAGCAAGGGACUGAUCAGUUAGUACGGAGAUACAUUCCGCAGACCGAGGUUAAUCAAGUGUUGGAGAGUUAUCAUUCUUCCCCAUAUGGAGGGCACUUUCAGGAUGCUCAUGCAUUUGCUAGAAGUUGCAAUAGAUACCAACGAACGGGAAACAUCUCUAAGAGGCACGAGAUGCCUCUAACAAACAUAUUGGAGGUAGAAAUAUUUGACGACUGGGGCAUUGAUUUUAUGGGUCCCUUCCCACCAUCCUUCGGUAACAAGUACAUUCUGCUUGCUGUCGACUAUGUUUCAAAAUGGGUAGAGGCAGUGCCUCUCCCGACCAAUGAUGCGAAGGUGGUGGUAAAUUUUGUGCGAAAGAACAUCUUCGCAAGGUUUGGAACCUCGCGGGCAAUGAUUAGUGAUGGUAGUGCUCACUUGUGCAACAGCUUGUUAAAGAACCUUCUAGCAAAGUAUGGGGUGAAGCAUAAAGUUUCUACAACUUACCACCCACAGACAUGCGGACAGGUAGAGAUCUCGAACAGAGAAGUGAAGCAAAUCCUAGAGAAGACCGUGAAUACUCAGAGGAAGGAUUGGGAAAUGAAGUUGGAUAAUGCCUUGUGGGCGUAUCGCACAGCAUAUAAAACCCCCAUCGGAGCGUCUCUUUACAAUUAG